AUGGGGGAAAGUUUUGUUUAUUGUCUUCGGAGGAAAAAGGUGCCAUCUUUGCCCUCAAAUGAAGGUUCACCCCGUGCCCAGGAAGCGCAACAUCACGCUGCAGUACGACGUUGCGUCGUUGCUAGCUCAGGCGAACGGCUGCCGGCAAAAGAAGCUGAGCUGAGGAAGGUUUUGGAGCUGCCGUUUCACUCGGACGCCGACGUUUCGAUCGACGAAACCUCUGACUCCUUCAGAUUCACCGCUGCCACCGAUGAUAUCAGCGGUGGCGUCAGGGCCGAUGCUGUCGAGAUCUACCCUGGGGUUACUAAGAUUGUUAUAAGGGGAAACGGUGUUGUUGAUUUGUCGGGAACUGAGUUUGAGCUCGAUUUGUGGCGAUUUCGGCUGCCGGCUUCCACACUGCCCGAGCUCGCCUCUGCCUCUUAUGAAGACGGGGAGCUGGUGGUGACGGUGCCCAAAGGUGCGGCGGCUGAGGAAGACGACGACGACGGUGCUGAGGAGGAUGGCGAUGGGGAUAUGGGAGCUGGGAGUAGGCUUGUUCUUGUACAGUAAAAGGAAAUGACUUUGCCUUUCUUUGUUUCACUUUCAAUAUUAGAGAUUACUCCUUUCAUGUUUGAAAACGCAAUUUCGAUGCGUUUGUGGUUAAUAAGUAGAAAAUUCCCGACGAAAUCUAUCUUCCCCUUAGUUACGAUGGUGCAUAGUUCGUAUUCGUGAUUUACACCAUUUAACAGAAUUAGAUCAAUCAAGAA